AUGUCUCAAGAUCAUUCUGAAACGUCUGCAGAGCAGAAGCCGAUACACACCAUCCUCCUAGACUCCUCGCCUCUUCUGCUUAACACACCUGGCAUAUCUACACUCCUGGCGAAUGGCCACGUCCUAGUAACCACACCCUCUGUGAUCGCUGAAAUUCGAGGCGAGGAAGCAAGGACGAGGAUAGAAACACUUUACAAGCCUUUUCUUGAAAUCCGGACACCAAAACCGGAAAGCGUCAAACAUGUCAAGGAAUUCGCUAGAAAGACUGGAGACGGUGGGGUGCUCAGCCAGACUGACUUCGAAGUGCUCGCACUGGCUUACGAUCUGGAGUGUGAGCGCAACGGAGGCGACUGGCGGUUACGAGCAACCCCGGGACAGAAGAGAGUGAAUGGAGCUCCACCCCAGAAAGAAACGGACGAGACUGCAAAGCCGGAUGCAUCACCUGUUGAGGCGUCUCAGAGCGAAAACGCAGAGGCAGAUCAAGACGACGACCACCAAGUUUGCAUUGAAACCCAGGUUGACUCAAUGACCUUGCGGGACGGUGAGAUCGAAGUGGCUCAACCACAGGAAGAAUUUGAACCGGUGGAGGUAGAGCAGCACCAGGAGGAGGAGGAAUCGCCACUCCCAGAAGCUGCAGAACAAGACGUCGAUUUACCGACGAACGAUGCAGGAUCAGACUCAGACGACGGCUGGAUUACGCCUUCUAACAUCAAGAAACGACAAGCUAAAGACGAGGCUGCAAAUAGCAAAUUCAAACCUAAGCCCGAAACGAAACAUUUACAGGUCGCCACCAUGACAGGCGAUUUUGCAAUGCAGAACGUCCUGCUUCAGAUGAACUUGAACCUCUUGUCCACCAAGAACUGCCAACGAAUCUCCCAGAUCAAGCAGUUCAUACUCAGAUGUCAUGGGUGCUUUGCGACCACGAAAGAUAUGAACAAGCAAUUUUGCCCGCGAUGCGGCAAGCCCACGCUGACCAGGGUCAGCUGCACGACUAACGACAAGGGCGAGGUCAAGUUGCACCUUAAAGCCAACAUGCAGUGGAAUAACAGGGGCAACGUCUUCUCGAUACCCAAACCGACCGCUGGCAGUGCGAAUCAGAAAUGGAAAGGACCCCGGCAAGGCGGUGGACAAGGCGGAUGGGGUAGUGAUCUCAUCCUCGCGGAAGAUCAGAAGGAAUACAUCAGAGCGAUGACAACGAUGAAGAGAACGAAGGAGAAAGAUCUGAUGGACCAAGACACGCUGCCUAGCAUUCUGACGGGAGAUCGAGGUCAAAAUACUGGAAAGAUCCGAGUUGGAGGUGGUAGGACCAUCAAUUCGCGAAAGAGAUAG